GCGGUGCCGGGGGGCUGUGAGCGGCUGGGCGGGCGCAGGAUGAGGGCGGCCAUUGCUGGAACUCCGCCGCGGGGAGGAGGACGCUGAGGAGGCGCCGAGCCGCGCAGCGCUGCGGUGAGGUGCCCGAGCAGACGCGGGGCCUAUGGCCAGGACCACCAGCCAGCUGUAUGACACCGUUCCUAUUCAGUCCAGCGUGGUGUUAUGUUCCUGCCCAUCUCCAUCAAUGGUGAGGACCCAGACUGAGUCCGGCACGGUCCCUGUUGUUCCCAGUGGUGGUAGCAGGCAGGGCCCCACCACCAUGGACAGCACUGCAGCUGAGUCCCGACCAAGUGCCAACUCACUGCAACAUGCCGCACAACCACCACCACAGCCUCGGAAGAAACGGCCUGAAGACUUCAAAUUUGGGAAAAUUCUUGGUGAAGGCUCUUUUUCAACAGUUGUCCUGGCCCGAGAACUGGCAACCUCAAGGGAAUAUGCUAUUAAAAUUCUAGAGAAACGCCACAUUAUCAAAGAGAACAAGGUCCCGUAUGUAACCAGAGAGAGAGACGUGAUGUCGCGCCUGGAUCACCCCUUCUUUGUUAAACUUUACUUCACGUUUCAGGAUGAUGAAAAGCUGUAUUUUGGCCUUAGCUAUGCCAAAAAUGGAGAGCUACUUAAAUACAUUCGCAAAAUUGGUUCAUUCGAUGAGACGUGCACCCGAUUUUACACAGCCGAGAUGGUGUCUGCUCUAGAGUACUUGCACGGCAGGGGCAUCAUUCACAGGGACCUGAAACCAGAAAACAUUUUGUUAAAUGAAGAUAUGCACAUCCAGAUCACAGAUUUUGGAACAGCAAAAGUAUUAUCCCCAGAGAGUAAACAAGCCAGGGCCAACUCGUUUGUAGGAACAGCCCAGUAUGUUUCUCCAGAGCUGCUCACAGAGAAAUCGGCCUGUAAAAGUUCAGACCUUUGGGCUCUUGGAUGUAUAAUAUACCAGCUUGUGGCAGGACUGCCACCAUUCCGAGCUGGAAAUGAAUAUCUUAUAUUUCAGAAGAUCAUAAAGUUGGAGUAUGACUUUCCUGAAAAAUUCUUCCCUAAGGCAAGAGACCUUGUGGAAAAACUUUUGGUUUUAGAUGCCACGAAGCGAUUAGGCUGUGAAGAAAUGGAAGGGUACGGCCCUCUGAAGGCUCACCCAUUCUUUGAGUCCAUCACGUGGGAGAAUCUGCAUCAUCAGACACCUCCAAAACUCACGGCUUACUUACCAGCCAUGUCAGAAGAUGACGAAGACUGCUAUGGAAAUUACGACAAUCUCCUGAGCCAGUUCGGCUGCAUGCAGGUGUCAUCGUCAUCCUCCUCCCACUCCCUGUCUGCUUCAGACACGGGUCUGCCACAGAGAGCAGGCAGCAACAUCGAGCAGUAUAUCCAUGACUGGGACACUAAUUCUUUGAACUGGACUUACAGUUUUCCGAAGAUGAAAAGAAGCUAUUAUUGGAGAAGCAGGCCAGUGGAAAACCCUUGGCAUCAGUUUGUAGAAAAUAAUUUAAUACUAAAAAUGGGCCCAGUAGAUAAGCGAAAGGGUUUGUUUGCACGACGACGACAGUUACUGCUCACAGAAGGGCCACACUUAUAUUACGUGGAUCCCGUCAACAAAGUUCUGAAAGGUGAAAUUCCGUGGUCACAAGAACUCCGACCAGAGGCCAAGAAUUUUAAAACCUUCUUUGUUCACACACCAAACAGGACGUAUUACCUGAUGGACCCGAGCGGGAAUGCUCACAAAUGGUGCAAAAAGAUCCAGGAGGUGUGGAGGCACAGAUACCAGAGCCACCCGGAUGCCGCUGUGCAGUGACAGCCUGCAGCUGCUGCCCUCGCUGCCAGGACAUGCGCCCCAGCGAAGCUCACCGCCGUCCGGGACGCUUCCAGACCACCUGCCAGCCAUCCCAAGGGGAAUGCAGACAGCAGAACCUUGCGGCUUUUUUAUUUAAAAGAAAAGAAGAAAAAAAUACCCAACCACACAAAGAACAAAACCAAUAAUGAACAGGAAUUCAGGGUCGCUUUGCUUGCUCUCUGUGCUCUGUGGAGGAUGCCCCGAGCUGUCCUUGCCAUCAGCGCGUCCACCUGAUUCCUACCUGGGCCGUGGACCAGUGUCACCAGCUCUCCACAGCACGUCCCAGCCACCUGCCGGUUCUGCUGUGGCCCAGGGAGGAGGGCGUGUGUCCGGGCUCCUUCUGCCCUAGGUUAUCACAGAACUUGUCACCAGGGAGUUGAGCGCGCCUCUGUGGGGGGGCAGCCUCUGAUAUCCAUGGGGUGGGAGGGUUCUUGGCUUUUGUCCACGUGCACUUUUCCUCACGUCCCUCAUUCGGGGCCAUCCCCUGUGCUGUGGGCCCCUCGCUUUCCUCCUGGAGUAGUUCUUGCUGCAGGAUUUCUGUGGUUUUGCUGUCUGUGAGUGCUCCACAUGUUGUGACUGCCAGGCAGGCUCCCAGUGGUGAGAAGUGGAACCAGCUGCCAGGUGAAAUACCAGCCACCGCCAGCAAGGUUCCCUCCAGUCCGUCAUCCCUCUGAGCAGUGUGCCCUCUGCGGUUGGAAACGAGCACACGCCUGAAGGGAGUGCAGUUAGCAGUGGGCCUAAUGGGCACCGGCUGCACCGGGAGAUGGCACUGCCUGCCCUGUGUGAGGCCGGGGCAGCAGGGCCUGGUAGCCUCCGUGUGGAGGAGUGAGUCCAGAUGGGCCGCUCCGGAGAGUUGGUUCCAAAGGUGAAGUGUGCAGGCCUCCCCAGGUCAGUUAAAUAGGAGCUGAGAGACUCCUGACCUCACAAAUUGGAUGGCACUCCGUGCAGGCUCCUGGCCAGCACAUGCAUCCUUUUCAUGUGAUUGAACAUUCUCGCAGUCUAACGUUUUUACAUCCCAACUGUAAGAAUCUAAACACCUCCUCGUGGGGCCAGACCGUGUGGUCUCCACCGAGUGGUUCCGCACCCUGCCUGAGGGGCAGGGGCACCACGCGGGAACCCAAGCGCCUGGCCUGCUCUCCUUCUGUUUCAGGUUCCCUCUUUGAGCUGCUUACAGGCAGCGCCCGCCCUACUGUAAAGUACACAUGGUCCAGGUCCUACUAGUCCUUCCAUAUUCUUUGCUGCUGCUCCCCGGACAGGGGGUCUUGGCCGUUCCUCAUCCUGGCCAGGUGUCCCUGGAGGGUAGUCCCUGGUGCCGGGUGAGAGAGGAGCUGGCCCUGUGCCCAGGGCAUGAACACCCUUUCCCUUUAGAUUAUCACCAAGGCACCAGCCAAUGGCUCACACAGGAAAGGCCCCCUCACCACUUCCCUGCCCCAUCUCCUGUCUCAGGCCUACUGGUCCGUCACCCUGUGUGACCAGUGGUCCAAAUGGAGAGGAAAGAUGCCUUUUUCACACUGUUUAAGUGAUCAGAGUGGCUGUUCUUAAACUAGGAAAAAGUGUGGGUGUGGCCCAGGUGCACUGUUUAGGCAGGGAGAGCGGUUUAUGUGGGGGCAGACGUAGUAGCCAGGUUUGUGCUGCUUUCUGCUCGGGCCUGCCCUCCGUUCCGUGAGGUCUAUGUGUGAGCUCCAAGGUGUUGGAGCGUGCCUGCCCUUGGACCUAGCUCCCUCCUUGUUCCUCCUCCUCUUCCUCCUCCUUGCUUUUUGAUAGGCUUGCCUGUGUUCACCUGCUUUUCAAAAAGUGAGCCUGACUUGUCCCUUUCGAGAAUUUCACUUCAGGCUUACUCCUAUAUUUACAUUUUACUCUUCUCAAAACACCCACCUACGUGUGCAGUUAGAAGAGUUGGAAACGCACUCCUGUGCAGCGUUUCUCGCGGUGUCUGGUUGCAGGAAACAAGCGUGGAUGGUCUUUGUCUUUAUCAGGAGCACUCAGCUGGGCUGCUCAGGAGACAAGUCCUCCCCUAGCACUCUGCCCUCUGGAUAGCGCCACUACCUCCCGGGCUUAACCAACAAGCUCCAUCUUAACCUCUGAAACCAGAGAGUAAGGGCUUCAGGGUUGAGCUCAAAGCUGAGCCAGUGACAGCUGAGCCCUUCUCUGUAAGUCAACUUUCUCCGCUCACUCAGAGUCUGGGUUUUUGUUUUUUGUUUUUUGGGUUGGUUUUUUUUUUUUGGCCCAUACAUAUUUUCUCACCCUGCACUUCUGUGAACUCUAGCUUUAUCCAACUUAUCCUUAUAACCAUCAUCUUGGCAUGCAGGUGCCUUACAUUCUGAGCUGUGGAUGAGGGUGUUGGUCUGCGUACAUCACAGACACACACAGAAAUAUACACACGGAUUUAUCCAAAGUGAGAAAGAAAAUGCUCUGUUUAAUAGACCCAGGAGCAGUGUGUCCCACUGUGAGAGGGCAAGGACAAGUGUCAGUGCCAAACCCAGUAUCCGCCAGCUGGAGACAGUCCCACACCAUGUUGCCUCUCGGCACGGAGGGGAGGGAGGGCUACCAGGAGGUUCUGUAGUCCCCGCUGUGCCUUGCCCAUCUCUGGGAACUCGAGGAACCUGGGUUGCGUAGGUUUCCUUCCCUCUUUCUGUCAGGCUGGCCGUAGGCAGUGGGCAGCCCCCGUGGAGUGCGGAGCCCCACUGGAGACCAGCACCUCCGGCUGCCUGCGAUUCCGAAACCAACUCUCCAGCAGUUCGUGACAGGCUUGCUUUGGGAAACACAGCUCCCGUGGUCAUGCCGACACUGGCAGGGGCUGCACCCACCCCAGGCCCUUGGGACACACUGUGGUAUUUGUGGCCCAGGCCUGAAGGGAUUGUGGGAGAUGGCCCCGUGGCACAGCGAUACACACACCACCCGCACCCACCCUGGACAGUGUGCCAGCACUGGGGGCUCCAGUGACUCUACUUCUGAAACAUUUGUCUUCUAAAAAAAUAGUCCACCCUAGGCUUACCACCCAGAAAAGACCACUGUGACCGUGUCGGUGUAGAGCAGGUUCUCCCCCCCACCCCCCAGCAGGUUUGCUUUUUUAUCUAAACCGGGAACAUACAACAUACACUCUUUUGCAUCCAGCUUUUUUCACUUGAUAAUUUUAUCUUAAGCACUUCUCCGUGUCAUGAACAAUGAUUCAGAAAUAUUUUUAUUAAUUGUAGAGUUUUAAUUAGAAAUUUUACCAUAAUUUAUUUCCGUUAUAAAACAUUUAGAUGGUUUCUGGUUUUUCACUAUUUAAAUAAUGCUGUGAUGAAUAUCCUCCUAAAUCUUUGAUUUUUUUUACUCCAAUCCCCCCUUCCCAGAAGUGGUAUUUUCAGUGAGUGCAUCUGUGUACAAGGUGGUGUUGGUCUAUUUCCAUCUGGGUCUGAUGCUCAGAUGCUCAGAGCUCUGCUGUUACUCCUUCAGGUUUUAAAGAAAUGAAUUCUUGGUAAACUCUGUUCAAACUCUUAUUCAAACACUGUUUGAAUAAGACUGUUCUUUUUCUUUCUUUUUUUUUUAAAUGCUAAAAAUGAUGUCAUCACUGCAGUCUAUUUUGUGACAGAUUUUUUUCAAAAGCCAAUUUCCUUAUUUUCAUUGAAAGAAUCUGGUGUACUUGCAUGUAGUUACUUCCCACCCCGGCUGCUACAGCUUUCAAGUGCUUUGGUGAUAUUUCAGAAUCUUGUACUUUGUGUCCACAAUGGUACUGAAUUUGCAUCUGCACAAUCAGCAGAUAGAAAAUGUGUUGAACUGUUCUUGCCACAUGCUUGGAGGAGGGUUUUUCGUUAAGUUUAUAGACUCAAAGAAUGCUGAACCAUUUGGAAUCAGUGAAGGGACAAAGGCCCUACUUGAAAAGAAACCACCUAGACCAGUUGGGUUUACCGAGUGUGUGCCCUGCCCCAGCCCUGGUGCCUUCAGACCCUGGGGUUUGGCAUGGGGACUUGGUUCAGUACAGCACCUGGCUGGUCUUUCCAUGGGAGAAUGUGAUUGUCCUGGCUGGUACAGGUUUUUAAAGACGUCCCACUCCUCACCCAGUGUUGCAGGUCGUCUACUGUCAAGUCCAGACCACCAAAUUUGGUUUCAUUCUUACUUUCUCCACUUUCAGUUUUUAGCCCAUCAAUUCCAAAGGGAAACAUGCACGAGAGGUGUUUCCAGGUACCGUGCUCAGUGCCACUUGCCCCUGCCGAGAUUGUGGCUGAAUUGCACAGAGUCGGGUCUCCUGCCCUCCUCUGAUAAGCAACCCCUCCUUCACGGUCAGUCCAUGGACUGAGGGUGCUCUCUGCCCAGACGGCAGAGGGCGCAGCCGCUGGGGAGAGUUUGGUGAUGGUACUGUUCUUGGAGAUGCUGCCAUAUGCGUGUUUCCAUGUUGCUUCUUUUCCUACCCAAACCUAAUCUGAAUUGAUGGUGACCCAAGCGGGUGUGGCCCUGGCUCUUGGGCAGCCUGCCUGCAGAGUGCUUUAAAUCAGGGCAAGGGUCACUCCGAGAGCCUCUGGGGGGCACAGGCAGGUGUUUGUCGAUCAGGCAGCAUGUGGAUGACUGGUCUGGGGCAGAAGCGGUCCAGCAGACAGAGAGUUUCUCUCAGGCUCUGACGGCUGUGGUGUGCCACUGAACGAGCCUACGUGUGUGCCUGAAUUGUGCCCGUAACUCAUUUCUUCAAUAUGAGGAAACACCAAAUUGAUGUGCAGGCAAACCUUUUUUAGUUGUGUAAUGCACCCUUGUCUAACCCAUCUGGCUGAAUGGCUAUAAAUAGCAGUCAUUUUACAGGUGAAAAGCCUCUAUUACCAUCCUAAGAUUGAUUGGAUGUUGACAGAAUCAAAUUUUGCAGUAUUUAGAGCUGCCGUACCUGUUCCUGAUCACGAAGUUGGAUGAGUUGGUGGGAUGGUAGCUGUCUUUCAGGUUGGUGGCAGUCAGUUAGAACACGCAUAAUAUUCUCUACCUGGUCUGUAGCUGUAACUGUGAUGUACAGGCAAAGCAAGAAGUUUUAAAAAAAAACUUAUGAAAACAAAUAAUGCAAUGAUAUUAGGAUAUACACUUUUGUAUUUUUAUUCUUAUAUAAGGUUAUUUGCUGGCUACUGUUGGCCUCUAAUUCAGUCUGUGUUAUUUAAAGUCUAAUAUAUGAAUUGUUUGGAUUGAAUUCAUGUUCGGGGCCACGUUGUUAUAUGUAUUGAUGUACAGCCUUGAAUGUGAAUAAUUAUUGUAAUCUAUAUUUUACAACUUUUUUCUGGCUUUAUUAUAUAAAUUUUCUAUGUGGUCAAUGAUUUAAUCAUAUCAUAAUUUAAUGAAUCUGUUCCUCUUUUUUCAAAUAUUGUGCUUUAGCUGUAGUUGCCAGAUGAUGAAUUUUACACGUAAUGCGCGGUAGUCUUGUAAUAAAAAAGCAUGUA